AAAAAAAAAAGAAGGGGUCGUGAGUCAAUAGAGACAACGCGCAGAGACAAGAGAAGAAAAGAAAGAGUCUUUUGUCUUUCCAUAUAAUCUUCUUCCCUCUCCUUUAUUUCUCAUCCAUUAUCUUCGUGGUGAAUCUAGGGUUUUUGUUUUCUCUCCCAACCCUCCCCUAGAUUACAUUCCUUCCAUCGUCUUCCUCCUCCUUUAUUAUCCCUUACUUAGCUCAUCAUCGCCGUUUCAAUGGAGGGAGCGGGAGAGGAAACGACGUCGUCUGAAGGGCAUUUGACAUCGGCAGCAGCUUUUGUUCAAGGGGGAAUCCAAGAUCCUUGUGAUGAUGCUUGUAGCAUUUGUCUUGAAGUCUUCUGCGAAUCCGAUCCAUCAACUUUGACAAGUUGCAAGCAUGAGUAUCAUCUUCAAUGCAUCCUUGAGUGGUGUCAGAGGAGUUCACAGUGCCCAAUGUGUUGGCAAUCAAUUAGUCUCAAAGACCCCACUAGUCAGGAAUUGCUUGAAGCUGUUGUACAGGAGAGGAGUUUCCGCUCUAAUCCACCUAGAAACGCCACCAUAUUUCGUCAUCCUACUCUUGGUGAUUUUGAACUACAAAAUCUCCCAGUGGGGGUGGAUAACGCAGAGAUUGAAGAACGGAUCAUUCAGCACUUGGCUGCUAUGGGCCGAGCAAGACAUGGGGUGAGAAGGGAAGGUCACCGAACCAGGUCAUCAUCUCAAGGUCAUCCACAGUUCAGAGUGUUCUCUCCACAUCCCAGUGUUCCACCUCCUCCUCCUCCAAUGCCUUCCUCUCCUUCACAUAGAGACGAGCGUGACACAGUAACAAACCUUCCUCUCUCUUCUCAGAAUACUCUAGGGGAAGGUUCUCUUCAUUCAAACAUGCAGCCACCAACUUCUUCUCUUCCCCGCCAGGUUUCUCCUACAAACAACAGGUCUCUUAAUCAAUCUGAUCAAGAUAGAGCUGGACCAUCCGAGCUCCAAUCAUUUUCAGAGUCUCUAAAGUCUAGACUAAGCGCUGUCUCAACGAGAUACAAAGAAUCAAUAUCAAAGAACACAAGGAGCUGGAAAGAUAGAUUCUUUUCACGCAACACGUCCAUAGCAGAUAUUGGGUCUGAGGUUAAAAGAGAGGUCAGUGCGGGGAUCGCCACUGUGUCCCGCUUGAUUGAACGUUUAGAAACGAGAGAAAACAGUGGUAUACCUGGUACGGAGUCUGUAUCAUCAAACGGCUCAGGAAACAACACUCCUGAUGAAUCAGACAAUGAGCGUAAUAGAAGAUCAGAAGCUGGUGAUGAACAUUCUUCGAAUGAAAGAGGUGUUAAUGGAACAUGUGCGGCUGCAUCUGGUUCUAGCUAAUAAAAACAAGUGCCAGCAACUUGUUGGCGGCAAAGAGACGAGAAGAUGUUUUUAUUGUGAAUCUAUGCUAUAUAUAUAAUAAUAUACGAGUUGGAAGUUCAGAGGUGUGGGAGCAUUAGGGUGAGUUUCUGGUUCUUAACAAAAAAAAAAAAGAUUAUUUAUGACAAAUAGUAGGAUUUGCUUCAGAGAUAAGUUCCUUAUGUGUUGUUAUUUUUGUCAAUAAAAGUAAAAAAAAAACUUAAAA